CAGUGGCCAGUUGUCUCCUCAGGUUAGCUCAAGAUGGCAGACCAGAGGCAACGCUCGCUCUCUACCUCUGGGGAAUCCUUAUACCACGUGCUGGGGCUGGACAAGAAUGCCACUUCAGAUGACAUCAAAAAGUCAUACAGGAAACUGGCAUUGAAAUAUCAUCCUGAUAAAAACCCUGAUAACCCAGAGGCAGCAGAAAAGUUUAAAGAGAUCAAUAAUGCCCACGCGAUAUUGACUGAUGCCACAAAGAGGAACAUUUACGAUAAGUAUGGGUCUCUGGGGCUCUAUGUAGCAGAGCAGUUUGGUGAAGAAAAUGUGAACACAUACUUCGUGCUGUCCAGCUGGUGGGCAAAGGCCUUGUUUGUGUUCUGUGGGCUCAUCACAGGCUGCUACUGCUGCUGCUGUCUGUGCUGCUGCUGUAAUUGUUGCUGUGGGAAGUGUAAACCGAAACCUCCCGAAGGUGAAGAGCAGGAAUUCUACGUCUCUCCAGAGGACUUGGAGGCACAGUUGCAGUCAGAUGAAAGGGAGGCCUCAGACGCACCUAUUGUGAUACAGCCAGCAUCAGCCACAGAGACAACCCAGCUCACAGCUGACUCUCACCCCAGCUACCACACUGAUGGAUUUAAUUAAGUUAAGGAAACACUGUCAUUAGAAUGGAUUAAAAAAAAAAAUACAUGGCCAACUCAACACUAGAACCAUGAACAUUAGAAGUAGAGAAUGGGGAGGGGGAAUAAUUCUGCCACAGUAAGGAGGCAGCUUUCCAACCUGCCGGAAAUAUUUUGUAAUCCCUUCAGCCUUUUGUCACCUUUCAGUGUCGUAUCGCGAUGAUACGUGAAGUGCUGUAGCAUGCAGUAUUUAAAGCAGUUUAGCUACGGUCUUAUUUGUUUCCUUUCUUUGAGGGUUUUUUUCCUGUUUUGUUUUUUUUUUGUUUCUCUUUUUUUAUAGCAUGUAUGGAGUUCUGUUAAAUGUCUGUGGUGUAAUGUAUUGAGUUGUCACAAUAUCAGUGCGAUGGAGACAUUCUGCAUUUUUAAGCAGCAGUACUGGCCUAAAAAUGAGGUUUAAAAAGUGUCACAGAAGCCACUGUUCUUCUGUACAGCUGAGCUGUCGAAGACCUUUCAAAGUUGAUGAUUUUCAUUUGAGUGCAACAAACCAAUUCUUUCAUUCCUCCUAUUCCCACGUUGUUACCUAAGCAAGUUUACAAAGCCAAGAACCAAAAAAAAAAAAAGCCAGUCCUGCAGAGCUGAAGUCCUCUCUAAUGCUGGUUUUCAGCCUAAAUAAAUCUACCUUG